CUUAAUGUCAGCUGACUGAUGUCAUAUGACAACUACAAAGUGACGUUUACGCCAUCGACCCAAACAUCCUUGGCGAUCUAGCGGAAUAAACUUCUGUUCCAAAGCCAUCUCCGUGUCCGUCCAUCGUGCACCAGAACACAACGCGGUGUCGUCGGGACAUGCGGAUACACUGGCAGCCCAGCUCCACUCGCACAGCUGGAUUGGUCAAGCGUCCUCGUUAUCACGCGCUGCAAUACGCUCGCCCAGUACGGGGCGCUGGCGGCUGUAUUUGCAAAAUACUACGAAGAAGAAGACAUUGGAAGAAUCCACAUUUGCCAGAGGGGUCCACAAAACAUCGCAUUAUUGGAGUGAUAUUAUUGGUCUGGAAUACAUUUCGUGGAAAUGUGGACCUCAAACAGGAUAAACAAAUAUGCGGCUUUCAGAUUUUGAACUCGCCUCAGCGUUCGUCAAGUCAUUGAAGUAAGUGAUCAGGGAGAAACAGGACGUAAGAAGCGGCUGCCAUUCGUUGCCUUCCCAGUCGACCUUUAAAGACAAGAAUAAAAUGACAGGAACGAUGGAAUCCGAAAUGGGUUAUGAUGACGUCACUAAGGGUCUGUAAAGUCUCCUGACCCACUAGACGAACUUUUUACCCACACGGCAGUUUGAGCACGACCCACGUCACAUGUUCGGACAUACAAACGCAGCAAUGGCAACAACAUGCGGGUAUGUGCUGCAGAGACUACUCGCAGCUCAUCGGGUUGGCAACCGGAAGUUGACCUCGACUUCAAGUCAUGGACGCUUCACCUGGAAAGCAGCGGUCAGACACGCGUGCCAGUCUGAUGUCUCAGGUAGCAGUGCUCUGUCUUUUCGCAGUCACACGUGCGGACAGCUGAGGCGGGAGCACGUGGGAGAGAAGGUGACACUCUGCGGUUGGGUGCAGUACCUGAGACAAGACCUGUUUGUCAUUCUACGAGAUUUCAGCGGUUUGACCCAAGUUCUGAUCCCUCAGGAGGAAUCUGCGCGCCACGUCAGAGAAGCGCUGCGUCAUCUCACCGUCGAGUCGGUCAUCAAAGUCACGGGCACCGUGAAGGAACGGCCAUCGGGACAGGAAAACAAGGUGUGUGAAACGUAUGGAACGCGAGCGUUGUCCCGCUUGGAGCGGCUCCUGUCACGGCGUGAUGUUUCCACAUGGAAGGAGAUGCCGACGGGGCGCAUUGAAGUCCUCGCCCAGGACGUGGACGUGUACAACAUCUGCCGGACGUUGCCUUUUGAAAUCAAAGACUUUGUCAAAAAAUCCGAGUCUUUGCGCAUGCAGUUUCGCUACCUGGACCUGAGAUCUUCUCGCUUGCAGAAGAACCUCAGACUGAGGUCCCAGCUUGUGAUGAAGAUGAGGGAAUAUCUGUGUUACGUGCACGGGCGCCAAAGAGUUUGUGGUUCCCUCCAGAGACCCGGGUCUUUUUUACUCCCUCCCUCAGAGUCCUCAGCAGUUCAAACAGCUGUUGAUGGUGGCUGGGGUGGACAGGUACUUCCAGGUGGCUCGGUGCUAUCGAGACGAAGGCUCCAAAGCGGAUCGCCAGCCCGAGUUCACCCAGGUGGACAUAGAAAUGUCCUUUGUGGACCAGGCGGGAAUCACAUCCCUGGUGGAGGUUUUGUUGCAGUACUCGUGGCCCGCGGAGACAACCCCCAUCACGCUUCCCUUCCAAACCAUGACGUACCAGGAGGCCAUGAGGGACUACGGGGUGGACAAACCCGACACCAGAUUUGGCAUGAAGGUGGGGGGGGUGUCUGUCUGCUGCACGUAGACAUUUCCACCCCCGAAAUAGGCUGGUGUUUUGUUGCCAGUGUGAUGUGCGUGCGUGUGGGUAAAUGUCUGCUGCUCGGCCGUAAUGAUCAGUUGCUUUGGAACCAAUCACCCGUCUCGCCUCACCUGUCUAUCUCUCUCGUCCCGUCGUCCGUCCAGCUGAUGGACAUCAGAGACGUUUUCGUGUCCGCAGACGCCGCUUUCCUCAAAUCGGGAAGCUCGGUACUGGCCAUCCGUGUCCCCGACGGCGCAACGUUAUUUACCGCCAAGGACUUGGAAGGACUGAACCAAGCAGCCAAGACACACUUUCACCAGGAGGUGAGCGUGGUGCUGGUCAGAGCUGAUGGAACUCUCAAGUCUCCUGUGAAGAAGCUGCUGUCAGGCGGCAUCAGCGACGCCUUGCUGAAGAAGACCGGAGCCGAGCCCGGGGACCUCCUGCUGAUAGCCGCCGGUGCUCCCGCCGUGGUGCGCCCGCUGCUGGGUCAUCUUCGUUUGCGGUGCGCCGACCUCCUGGAGUCUCACGGCUCUUCUGUCCGCGAUCCUUCAGCCUUUCACUUUUUGUGGGUGGUGGAUUUCCCUCUCUUCGUGCCCAAGCGGGACGAGCCGGGUCGGCUGGAGUCCGCCCAUCACCCCUUCACCGCUCCGGUGCCAGAAGACGCGCCGCUACUGUACACACAGCCUCUGAAGGUCCGGGGUCAGCACUAUGACCUGGUGCUGAACGGCUGUGAGAUCGGAGGAGGAUCCAUCCGCAUCCAUAAGGCUUCAGAGCAGCUUCACGUGUUGAAGAACAUUCUCCAGGAGGAUCCCACCGUUCUUUCUCACCUGCUGGAGGCUCUGGACUCAGGAGCACCCCCCCACGGUGGCAUCGCUCUUGGUUUGGACCGGCUGGUGUCCAUCAUGGUGGGGGCUGUCAGCAUACGUGAUGUCAUCGCCUUCCCCAAGUCGUUCCGCGGUCACGACCUCAUGGGCCGCGCCCCCGAUUACGUGUCAGAGGAGGAGCUGAAGCCUUACCACGUGUCGGUCAGGUGGCCGGCGGGGACAAGAGGAGGACAGGAUGAAAGCGGGGACAUUUAGACGGUAGCUAACGUGCAACGAGCACGCAGAUGCACCACAAUUUGAUGGGAGUUUUUUUUUUUUAUUGUGGGAUCAGUCAUUUUCAACACAAAUAAAUUGAUUGAGAAGAUAACUUUUUGUUUACAUCCUGAAAAUGGUUGUAGCCAUCAAACCUCCACCAGAGUUGGCUUGUUUUUCUCACCUGCUGGCUUCAGAGUGGUCACGUGACGCUCCUGUGCCGUGUCUCUUCAGCUGCUUCAUCAGGGACGCCAAUCUCUUGGUGGACCAUUCAGAUGUGGACACACAGGCCACCGUACCACUCCAACAAAUCGUCCUGCUGUUGGAAAAGCAGGACGAUUCCAUCUAACUGUAGAUGAUAUGAAAGUGGCAUCCUGACUGUAUCUUCUCGUGUGUACGUGCAUGCUGUGACUGGCUGACAUCAACACGGGGGUGUCCAAAGGGCCACAUCGUGAAAAAUCCAAGGAUGCAACUUCGAUAUUUUGUAACGCACAUAGAGAUACAGCAUGCUAAGAAGCCACAUGCAGCUCAAGAAAAAACUGCGGUGAAACGCUACUAAAAAUGACAUACCAGUUUAUUCUUUUGCUCUUCAAUCGAUGAUGGCUUUUCUUACUAUUUUGACUUGAUUCGCGUAAAAUCACAACUGUUUUUUCUUUCUGCUGGUUUUUCCAACUACACUGCUCAAAAAAAAUGAGAGGAACACUUGGAAAACACAUCAGAUCUAAACUGGGGGGAAAUGAUGUUGAAUAUGUUUCCUGAUAAUAAGUGGGUGAUGUAUUAGUAACAAAAUGAUGCCACAUCCCCCAGGACACCAUCCGUAGUCUCAUUAGGAGCAUGCCCCCACGUUGUCAGGCAUGCGUACAAGCACGUGGGGGCCACACAAACUACUGAGAAUCAUUUUGAGUUGCUACAAUGACAUUUUAGCUAAAUGGACCAGUGUGCUGCAUCAUUUUUUCACUUUCAUUUUUGGGGUGUCUUUGAUUUCCCCCCUCUAUAGGGUGAUCAUUUUCAUUUCUAUCAAAUGAUGUGGCAUCAUUUUGUUACUAAUACAUCACCCACUUAUUAUCAGGAAACAUAUUCAACAUCAUUUUUCCCCCAGUUUAGGUCUGAUGUGUUUUCCAAGUGUUCCUUUCAUUUUUUUGAGCAGUGUAUUUCAUCUUGUCAAUUUUCUUCUGGUAAUUCUAACUUUAUUCCCAUCAGAUUGUUUCACCUAUUUUUUCUUAUUUCACCAAUGGUACUAAAAUGAUGUUUUUCCUCACAUUACAAGUUUAUUCUCGUAAAAUUGAAACUUUGUUCUCAUUAGAAAACAUUUUUUUUUCCUUUUAAUAUUUUGACUUUACUCUGGUCAAAUUUCUGCUGUUGAUUUUUUUUUGGUAUAAUUUUCCAAAUACUUCAACUUAUUAUUUUAUAUUUUCACUUUAUUCCCAUGUUCUAUUUUCCCCCAACCUAAGUUUCCAAAAAUUACAACUUUAUUCACUGUUGACGUAAAAAGGCAACUUUUUUCUUUAAUGUUUCACCUUCAUGCUACUAAAAUGAUGUUUUUCCUCAUUCUUGUGAAAUUAGGAUUUUUCUUUCCCUUGCUAGAUUACAACUCUUCUGUUAAUAUUUUGACUUUUGAUUUUCCCAUUUUUGCUGUUUUUUUUUUUUUAAUGUUUCCUUGUUAAAUUACAUUUUUUGACCGUGCUGCGGGCUGCGAAUGUCCCCCGGGCCACACUUUGGACACCCUAACAGACCAAUAUAGUCCUUAGCCAUUUGAUCAGAAUUGCGCUAACAAUUCUUUGCUCAUUGUGAUGUAGUCUCUUGGAGCAGUGUCCCCCUCUCUAAGAUACACAAAGCCGUUGUGUGGAUAGUAACACUCUAUGACUCAUAUCGCAGAAAUUCAUUCAAACGCGUUUGGGUCAUGUGAUUAUGUUAACUUUAUUCAAUAAAAAUUGAUUUCCAAUAAAUGUUUCACCCAGGAGGUGUAAAAAUGAACAAUUUCUACCAAAAAGCUUUUGAACAUUUUUUUACCUUUUUACACUGACACAGCA